UCCCACUUGGCUCAUCACUCUCACUGUACCUCUCCCACAUCUCUCUCUCCGCCUCCGAUCUCUAACUCCGAUCUCUUCUUCCAUGGCUUCCAUUGCUUCUUCCACUUCCCUCCAAGCUCGUUCUCGCCAUCUGGCGAUUGCGGUUAAUCAAGUUAAAUGCUUUAGCUAUGGAAGAAGCAAUCUUUCUUUUAACCUUCGUCAGCUUCCUACCCGCUUGACGGUUUCCUGCGCUGCAAAAUCUGAGACAGUGGACAAGGUUUGUGAAAUAGUCAGAAAGCAACUCUCACUUGAUGAAACCAAGAAAGUUGUGGGUGCAACCAAAUUUUCUGAACUUGGUGCUGAUUCCCUCGACACGGUGGAGAUUGUGAUGGGACUAGAGGAAGAGUUUGGGAUCGAAAUGGCCGAGGAGAAAGCACAGACAAUCACAACAGUUGAGAAAGCAGCUGAGCUCAUUGAGGAGCUUUUGAUGGAAAAGGCUUAGUAGAAAUCGUUUAUUAAACAAUUAGCAAAAUCGAAAAAAACAGUAUCUUCUUAUUGUUUUCGUUAGCUAGAGAACCAUUGUAUCUGUUGUUCUUGAGACUUAUGCUAUUUUGGGAAAUUUAUUACAAGGCUUGUAUUUGACUUAAUUUUUUUUCUACAACUUUUUACUUCCACAA